CCUCACCCUCACCCCAUUCCCCAUCAUUUCAUUUGUCAGUUUCCUUGUGUGCGUCCCCUUGGCCUUGCCUACCCAAUCCAUUUUGUUUGAGAGACUUGACGCCAUUCGCUUCAAGAUUAGUGCUUUACGAUUAAAUUUAUCCUCCUCGAACCAAGACAUCAGAAUGUCUGAAGAUUAUAUUUGGGGACUAACUUUGGACAAGAACAAGACCUCUGAAACCUGGGACCCAGAUCCAGAUCUAAAGCCAGACGCUAAUGAAUCAGCUCAGAGUUAUAGAGGAGAGCAUUCUCUCAUAGUCAAACAGGCACUUCUAGGAGCAGAUGCUAAGGAUGGAGAAGUCAAUGUUGUGGAGGUGGAGGCUAUGGGUUACAGAGCAGAUGUGAAAUUUCCAAUAGCAGUAUUGAAAGCAGGCAGCACACAACAAUCUGUAUUAGAUGUCCUAUUCCCAGAUCCUCCCGUUACGUUCAAACUCGUCAAAGGCAGUGGACCAGUCCAUUUAAUAGGAAAUCAUUCCAUAGGCAGUGGAGAAACAUUGGAAGAUGAUGACGAAGUUGAUGAAGAUGACUUAGAAUUUGAUGAGGAAGAUAUGGAUGAGAUCGAAGAAAUGUCAGACAAAAAUAACGUUGAAGAAAAAAAACGUAAACUGGCAGCUUCAAAUUCCAAUCCGAAAGGAAAAUCGUCAAAGAAGGCGAAAGUAUCAGACUAAUGGAAGGAAGAGGAGCUGAAAUUAUUUUUAAGUUUUAACCUCUAUGUAAACCCUGUAAAAUGAGGACUUGCAGGUAUCUCCCUCAUUUUGAGACAGCUGUCUCAAGUCAAAUCAUUUUAAAGAUUUCAGUAAUCUGAACUCAACACUGUCACAAUGCAAAUGUAGUUUAAGUCUUUUUCCUAUUUUUAUUUAAACUUUGUAAACCUUUGUUAGGAUGACUAAAAUUGAUUAGGCUUGUCUCGCUCCCACAUGCUGUCUGAAUGAUCUCCUAAACUACAGGAAAACAGAAUCUGUUUUAUGUUUCUUUGUGAAAGAAAAACUCCUCCCGGUACAUUCCUGAAAUCUUCAUUUGUAACAAGUUGUGCCUGUGCGUGCUUUGAUUCUAUUUUACCAGUUUCUCCUCUCAAAUUUCAAACUUAAUUUUAGGCAG